ACGCGCGCACGACCUUGUCAGAUAAGAAGCCCUCGGCCCAUGCUCACAGAGGCUGCAGCUGAAGUCGUGACAAGUGCUGGCGCAGUGGCGGAACUGCCACUGCCACCAGCUUCUUCCCAGCUUCUUAUUGAUAAUUGCCUGGAGUACUACCGCUACCUUGGAAUGGGCGUCUUCAUUCAGACAGUCCCUGUCGGGCUGCCUACAGAGGAUGCAGCUUCAUGCAACGACUGUCACCUUGAAGUUACGGUGGACGACGGAAGCUCGAUCUGCAGAGGCACUAAUGAUGAAGACAGCGUCAGGCAGGCAGCCACUCCUUCCGUGUCCGGGGCUUUGGAUCACAAUGCUAAGUGUAUAGAGGGCACAUGCAGGUCAUGUGAGGGUUCGCAAAAGGUCAGGCAGGUUCUGAGCAGGGGUAUCAGCGCACCGCUCCUUCCGCAGACUAUCCAUGAUACGGUGGGGCAGGAGCGGGGGCUGCCCCAAUCUCUGUGGCGGACAGUUUAUGACGAGGUCAUGUGAUACUCGCAAUACAUCUGUCCUGUGGUUGUGGUCAACACGUUAUUGUUAGUGGGCCUCCUCGUGUUCCUCUGGCGGUAAAAUGAGUCUGUAUUAGCCACCCCGCCGCAGGAUAUAUGAGAUCGAUCCUCAAAGCAAAGAUAGUCAAAAUUUCAAAAUCCGCUGUUGAAUCAGGGCGUGUUGUUGGUUUACUUGCCCCUUGUCAACAUGGUUUUCCCUCAUGACGCUGCGAGCAGCACCUAGCAUCCAGCUGGAUGCUCGCAGUUGACACAGUAGAACCACGUUAACGAGGCAGGAGUGCAGCCUGAGGGCAACAUCGUUGUGCAACACGUGUACAGUCUGUAGACAUCGACAGAACACCUUUAUUCUCAGGAGAAUUGCUGUCCUCUGGGUCUAACUAAGUGAUAUUCUUGUAUUAAAACAGUCCCAAUCUGAUAGCAAGCGCAGGUUAAGCAGUUCAAAACGCGGCCGGUAUUCUGUAGAGUCUUGGCACAAUCCUUAGUGACUAGCUGACUAUUUACGAAAGGGUGGGGAUCUUACCCAAGAACUUAUACAAAGAGAAGUGUAAGUUGCACCACUGCAAAGAGUCAACAGCGGCCGCCGCAUAAGCCAAACAGUGGCCGCCGCAUAAGCCAAAUCAGUGUCAAUGGCAUGGUGCGCCCGUGCAACUUUGCUGAAUUGGUCCUUCCG